UGAGCCAUAACUGGAGGCUGCUUUUGUGCCAAUGACCCUCCCCAAUUCUUCCUGCCUCUUAGAAGACAACAUGUGUGAGGGGAACAAGACCACCAUGGCCAACCCGCAGCUGAUGCCCCUGGUAGUGGUCCUGAGCACCAUCUCCUUGAUCACAGUGGGUCUCAACCUGCUGGUGCUGUAUGCCGUACGAAGUGAGCGGAAACUACACACUGUGGGGAACCUGUACAUCGUCAGCCUCUCGGUGGCAGACCUGAUUGUUGGCGCUGUGGUCAUGCCCAUGAACAUCCUCUACCUGCUCCUGUCCGAGUGGUCCCUUGGCCGGCCUCUCUGCCUCUUUUGGCUUUCAAUGGACUAUGUGGCCAGCACAGCAUCCAUUUUCAGUGUUUUUAUCUUGUGCAUCGAUCGCUACCGCUCUGUCCAACAGCCCCUCAGGUACCUGAAGUAUCGAACCAAGACCCGAGCAUCAGCCACCAUCUUGGGGGCCUGGUUUCUCUCCUUUUUAUGGGUUAUUCCCAUUUUAGGCUGGCAUCGCUUCAUGCCGCAGACCUCGGGGCACCGGGAGGACAAGUGUGAGACAGACUUCUAUGAUGUCACCUGGUUCAAGGUCAUGACCGCCAUCAUCAACUUCUACCUACCCACCUUGCUCAUGCUCUGGUUCUAUGCCAAGAUCUACAAGGCUGUACGGCAACACUGUCAGCACCGGGAGCUCAUCAAUGGGUCCCUCCCUUCCUUCUCAGAAAUUAAGCUGAAGCCAGAGAAUCCCAAGGUGAAUGCCAAGAAACCAGGGAAGGAGUCUCCCUGGGAGGUUCUGAAAAUGAAGCCAAAAGAUGCUGGUGGUGGAUCUGUCUUGAAGCCUCCAUCCCAAGACCCUGAGGAGACGAAUUCCCCAGUUGUUUUUAGCCAAGAGGAGAAUGAAGCAGUAGGCAAACCCCACUGUUUCCCCCUAAACAUCGUGCAGUUGCAGACUGUGGCAGAGGGGAGUAGCGAGGACUACAUAACUGUCACUCAGGCCCAGAGCCAGCUCAAGAUGGAUGAGUCGGAUCUGAACGUGCACGGGGUCAGUGAGAUGUCAGAGGAUCAGACACUAGGUGAUAGCCAGUCCUUCUCCCGGACAGAUUCAGACACCCCCACAGAGCCAGCACCGGGCAAAGGCAAAUUGAGAAGUGGAUCUAACACAGGCCUGGACUACAUCAAGUUCACUUGGAAGAGGCUCCGCUCACAUUCAAGACAGUAUGUGUCUGGGUUGCACAUGAACCGUGAACGGAAGGCUGCCAAACAACUGGGUUGUAUCAUGGCAGCCUUCAUCCUUUGCUGGAUCCCUUACUUCAUCUUCUUCAUGGUCAUCGCCUUCUGCAAGAGCUGUUGCAACGAGCAUGUGCACAUGUUCACCAUUUGGCUGGGCUACAUCAACUCUACACUGAACCCCCUCAUCUACCCCCUGUGCAAUGAGAACUUUAAGAAGACGUUCAAGAAAAUUCUGCACAUUCGCUCCUAAGGGAGGCUCCUGAGCGAUGCUUAUGAUGUCCAGUGAGGAAAUAAAGGACGAAGGCCUAUGUGUUGCCAGGCACUUGGGUUUUCUGGAGCCAAAACCACAGUCUUAGGGGCUGAGUAGUUUGGAAAGUUCUUUGGCACCAUGGGAAGAACAGUGGAUGGCUGUGGUCAGUAGAGGGAGUGAACUUGGAGGAGAAAGCAGAAUGUGUGUAAGAUGAUCAGACCUGGGGUGGGAGUGCUCCUGCCCCUCAGGAUCUGUGGGAGCCUCAGACUCUCCUUGUAUUUCAAACUUUCAGAUUCAAGUUAAUCAGCAACUGAUGGGACUCGUGGGUAGAGUUUCACUAGAGAAUCAAACAGAAGACUUGAGCCUUCCUGGAGUGGAGCUGUAUGAUCACAAGAGACCUUACAUGGGCAGAUACUUGCUGUCCCCUUCCAGGGGUCACCUUGAGAGGCAUGGCAGCCAUUCCCCCAAGGCUAUCCCUUCUCAAACACCUCUCUUCUGAGCCUCUUCUAUAGUAUUCUCCAGAACCAGUCAGUGUCUGAACCACCCUGGAAAUUCACCCUCAUCUUUUCCACUCAUGCAUGUCUUCGUUGAUAGGAAAUUAUGCGGUUUGCAAAUUCAUUGUUUUUAACCCCUUCUGCAAGGGGUUCCUUUGGCUAUUUAAAAAAUGGUGGCAAAGUUUGCCCUCAAAAGAAAGACAUGAGAUUUGACUGGGUCUACAUUAAAAAUUAAAAGAAGGAAUGGGGGAAGAAUGUCCCCCCGCCACCCCCCCUUUUUUUAGCACUGUCUUAGCUUUAUUUCAUUUAAACCGCAAACACCAUACAACAGGAUUGUGUUCCUGUCUCUAGUUUUUAGAGGAACCAGUUGCAGCAAGGUGAAAGAGGUGCCCAAGGUGAUAUUGCUAUUAUAUUAGAGAGUUAGAAUGACCCUGCUCAUCUAGUUCACUGUAGCACAUUUUCUCCAAAAGACAAAAAAUGUGCUCUAUUAAGUACACACACACACACACACACACACACACACACA